ACCCAGCCUCAGACAGACCGUCGGCGGAUCACGGAGCUCCGCCGCCGCCUCUGAGCCGCUGCAGCCGGACACAGAAGCAGCAGACCCGGCCGCAGAGCGGAGCCAUGGCCGCUGAGGAGAGCCGAUCCACGGCCUGCACCGGCUCCAGCCUGCUGCAGCCGGUCAGCGAGAUCACCGACCUGCCGCUGGACCAGGUGAACUUCGUGGUGUGCCAGCUGGGCGCUCUGGUCUCGGCCUUCUGGUUUCGCCUCUUCCUCCAUCCCAGUAGAACCAGUCCCUUCAUCAGACACGUGGUGGCCACGCUGCUGGGACUCUACUUCGCCAUGUUCUGCUUCGGCUGGUACGCGCUGCACUUCCUGGUCCAGAGCGGACUCACCUACGGCAUCAUGAUCCUCACCGGAGUGGAGCACAUGCACAAGUACUGCCUCCUGGUGGCGCUCAGCUACCUGAGUCUCUGUCAGAUCACCAGAGUCUACGUCUUCGACUACGGCAUGUACUCAGCCGACUUCACCGGGCCGAUGAUGGUGAUCACACAGAAGAUCACCAGUCUGGCGUUUGAAAUCCACGACGGAAUGGCGCGUAAAGAGGAACAUCUGACUCCAGGACAGAAGAUUUUAGCCAUCAGGAGGAUGCCCAGCCUGCUGCAGUACUUCAGUUAUAACUGUAACUUCUUGGGGAUCCUGGCGGGUCCCACCUGCUCCUACAACGACUACAUCGCCUUCAUCGAGGGCGAGCCGCGCCGCCACCGCCACCACCAGGACAGGAAGUCCUCCAGCACGCUGAGGACCAGCGAACCCUCGCCAAACACCGAGGUGGUGCGUAAGGUGGCCACCUCCUUCUUCUGCCUGCUCGUCUUCCUGUCGGUGUGUAAAGUUUUCCCCGUGGAGCGAAACAUCGACGACGACUUCAUCGCCAACAUGCCGUUCUACGCCCAGGUGGUCUACCUGUACCUGUCCAUGCUCACCACCAGACCCAAGUACUACUUCGUCUGGACACUCGCUGACGCCAUCAACAACGCUGCAGGUUUUGGUUUUAACGGCUACGGGGUCGACGGAGCUCCUCGCUGGGACCUGAUCUCCAACCUGAGGAUUGUCAACAUCGAGUUAGCCACCAGUUUCAAAGUGUUCCUGGACAACUGGAACAUCCAGACGGCUCACUGGCUCAAACGGGUGUGUUACGAGCGGUGUCCCUACCACCCGACGGCCGCCACCUUCAUCCUGUCGGCCAUGUGGCACGGAGCGUAUCCAGGCUACUACCUCACCUUCCUCACCGGCAUCGUCAUCACGCUGGCUGCUCGAGCGGUCCGGCACAACGUCCGGCCUCACUUCCUGCACUCGCCCGCCCAUAAACUGGUCUAUGAUGUCAUCACAUGGGCGGCGACUCAGAUCGCCAUCUGCUACACGGUGGUGCCAUUCGUCCUGCUGUCCGUCGGUCCGUCCAUCAAGUUCUACCGGUCCUGGUACUUCAGCCUCCACAUCGGCUGCGUGCUGCUGGCCGUGGCGCUGCCCGUCAAGCCCCGACACCUCCGCCUCAAAGAGCAGCAGAAGGCGCAGCGCCACCUGGAGGCCGCCGACAGCAACUGCAGCCAGAAGGAGAAGACCACAUGAGGACAGAGAACAUCCACAUUUUAUUUCCAUAAACUUGUAUAGAAAGACGAGGAGUUGAACUACAUGAAGCCGACCUCCCUCCUGCCUCGGAGCCGGAACACGACGGGCCGGUUUAUUACUCUAUUAUUUGGAUUCACGAGACGGAAAACAGGCGCCGAGUUUCUGAAGGCCUGUGUUGUACCUGAUGAAGUGUUUCCCCACAAAACUAUGACGUUACCAACGACUGCCGGGAUCGUAUUUGGACUCCAACUCCAACAGAAAACCUUUUUUUUUGGGGCCAGGUGGCAGGUUGAUCUGCAGAGAUGGCGGAUAUAUAUAUAAAAACACACAUAUAUAUAUAUAUAUAUACAGUAAUUCAUAUGGAGCAGCUGCCACACCGGACUCUGUUUUGUUUCUGGUCAGAAACCUGCUGAUCGUCCAUCACACGAGGAUCAAUGAAAGGAAGAGGAGGGAAAGGAUGAAUGAAUGAAAGGACAGAAUGAAGUGAAUGAAGGAGAGUCAGAGCAUUAAACAGGUUAAAGUUCUGUCGUCUACAUUCCUCCCAGACUGUCUCUUAUUAUCUAUAAACCACAUCACAGUAUCCAUAGACGUGCCAAUGAUUAUUCCACUCAGUCGCCUUAGUUGUUUUGGUUUUUUACAAGAAAAAGAGCCUUAGCAGGACCAGUAUUGACUCUGUGGCUGUGAGCGGGAAGAGGUGUUGUGUUUACAUUUGUAGAUGUCAGUUUUUGUCAAGUUGUUAUUUAUGUAAUUUAUGUAACUCCAGACAGACUCGGGUUCUGGUGAACGAUGUGGAAGCUGAAGGAGACUCAGAUAACUUUAAGGGACGAGCUCAAACUAUAAAACAAUAAAACUGGAUAAUAUGAAGUGAAGAACUGCCACGAUUAGAACCUGUAACCUUUAAUAAAGAAACAGUUUG